CGUGGAGCUUAUGUCUAUCUCGUCCAGAGCUAAAUCUUGACCGCGAACUAAAAGCUUUUCCAUUUCGGUUUUUUGCCGCCCUGCUCGUCUCUCACGUUUUUCUCUUUCAGGUUUUCGCGGGCAAAACCCUAGCCCUAACUAAUCCGCUCAUCGUCGUAUUCCGAUCGAUUUUACUUUAUACAAACCUGAAAUCUGCUGCUGACUGUGCAGAUCUCAGAUCCGUAGUUGUUGGGAAUUCAAUCGGAGGCUUUGGUGUUCGCGGCUUGAAUUAUUUUUUAAAAAUAUUUUUAUUCUUCAGUUGUUCUUAUCGGAUUGUUCCUAUUUGGUUUCAAGAAGGGCGUCGAGGUUUUAUUGAAGUUUAGUACUCGAAUUCUCAGGCUCCAAGGAAUUUUAGUCUGUUUUUUACGUGAAUCUCGAUAUUCAUUUCCACUCUGCCUGGGCUUUUUGGAUGCUGCCGAUUGGGUUUGCGGGAUUGUUAGCUACUGGCUCUGCAGAUUUGGAGGAAUAUAUAUUGGAUGGGAGAAGAAGCAGCUGCUUUGGCUGCAGUUACAAAUGAGCCGUUGGGGAAAGAGAGCGCUCCGAGUACCGAAUUGAAGCGGGACCAUCAGUGUCUUGAUGAAGAUACGGAGCCCGAGGCUUUUCACAACAAGAAGCAGGCUAAAGAAGUGUCGAAUGAAGAUGUUCGUUCAGAAGUUUCGAAUCCCGUAAUUUCUCCGAAAGGGAAUAAUUUCCAAGAUAUUACCAGCCAACCUGAGGAGCAAAAAAAUACCAACCAAGUUGAGCGUGGGGACCUUACCUCGGCUUGUUCGGGUAAUUCAAGCUCGGAGGACAUCUCUAGCAAUGGAGUUCGUUGCCAGAAUGACACGUCUCGAAAUGACGUUGAUAUGUGUGAUGUUGAUGAGGUCUCUCGGUUUGUGAUUGAAAUACCCAAGCAUGCUAGUUCAACUGGAAUUAGAAAAAUUACGUUCAAGUUCAGCAAAAAAAAGGACAAAAAUGCCGCAUCCAUGUCAGCAGACAAAGUUUGUUCAUAUGGGAACUUCGACAAGGACUGUAAACCAGAACCUUCACUGGUGGACGAUGCUUGUACGGAGACAUCUGCACAUAGCUGGGAAGGCAUUGCUGAGAGCAGCAGGUAUCCUUUAGGUUCAAAUAAAAUGGAAUUGAAAAUGUCGAAGAAGGUUUUACCAAACAAUUACCCGUCAAAUGUUAAAAAGCUACUGUCGACUGGUAUACUUGACGGAGCUCGAGUCAAGUAUAUAUCUACGACAAGCGAGAUGAAGCUACAUGGUAUUAUAAAUGGCGGAGGUUAUAUGUGCGGAUGUUCAAUAUGCAAUUUUACAACUAUCCUCAGUGCUUAUGAGUUUGAGCAGCACGCUGGUUUCAAGACUAGACAUCCAAAUAAUCAUAUAUACCUGGAGAAUGGGAGGCCAAUUUAUAGUGUCAUACAGGAAAUUAAGAGUGCACCUCUUAGCAUAUUAGAUGAAGUGAUUAAGGAAGUAGCGGGUUCAUGUAUUAACGUGGAUUCAUUUGAGGUUUGGAAAGCAAAUUUCCACCAGAACAGUGCAAUUAUUGAAGUGGAAAAUGAUGAUGUGAAGGUUCCUAAGUUGUCACAUCCCAUUGACAGGCCAAUCCCUAAUUUAUCCAACCCAGUUAUGCAACAGAAGAAAACGGCAGAAAAAGGCACAAAAAGAAGGGAUAAUGAUCUUCACAGGCUACUUUUCAUGCCAAAUGGGCUUCCAGAUGGGGCUGAGCUGGCAUACUUUGUUAAAGGACAGAGAAUACUUGUAGGCUACAAGCAAGGAAAUGGCAUACUCUGUACUCACUGUAAUCGAGAGAUCAGCCCUUCACAGUUUGAAGCCCAUGCAGGGAUGGCUGCCAGACGUCAGCCCUACCGCCACAUUUAUAUUACAAAUGGACUUACGCUUCAUGAUAUAGCCAUUUCCUUGGCUAGUGGGCAAAAACUUACCACAGGAGAUAGUGAUGAUAUGUGCGCUGCAUGUGGUAAUGGAGGGGAUUUGAUUUUCUGUGAUCGCUGCCCUCGAGCUUUCCAUACAGGCUGCCUGCAUCUACAGAAUGUUCCUGAAGGAGUUUGGUCUUGCCCAAACUGUAGAGAUAAAGUGGGUUCCAAUUUGAAGGCUCCUUCCGGAGGUUCUUUGAGUUUUUCAAAACCAAUUGUAUUUAGGUUGACACGAGUUGUUAAAGCACCUGAAUAUGAAAUUGGUGGUUGUGUUGUUUGCAGGCGACAUGAUUUCAGUGCUGCUAAAUUUGAUGAUCGAACUGUACUUCUUUGUGAUCAAUGUGAAAGAGAAUUCCAUGUAGGCUGUCUGCGGGAUAGUGGAUUAUGUGAUCUGAAGGAACUUCCCAAGGACAAGUGGUUCUGCUGUGACGAGUGCAGUAAUAUCCAUGUGGCUUUUCAGAAUACAGUUUUGAACGGGGCACAGAUCAUUCCAGAUUCCUUAUCAGAUUUAAUAAUUAGGAAGCAUGUUGGAAAAGGAUUACCAGUUGAUGGAGCUCUUAAUGAUGUUCGGUGGCAAAUUUUAAGUGGAAAAAGUCGCUUCCCAGAAGAUCUUCCUUUUCUUUCAAGGGCAACUGCUAUUUUUCGAGAAUGUUUUGAUCCUAUUGUUGCAAAAUCAGGUCGUGAUCUGAUUCCUGUUAUGGUUUAUGGGAGAAAUAUAUCUGGGCAAGAGUUUGGAGGAAUGUAUUGCGUUGUUUUAAUUGUGAGAUCGAUAGUUGUAUCGGCUGGUCUUCUUAGGAUAUUUGGUCGUGAAGUUGCUGAGCUUCCUAUUGUUGCAACAAGUAGAGAACAUCAGGGCAGGGGUUAUUUCCAAGUAUUGUUUUCCUGUAUAGAGCGGCUACUUUCUUCCCUGAACGUGCAAAACCUUGUACUCCCUGCAGCCGAGGAUGCUGAAUCAAUUUGGACUAAGAAAUUGGGCUUCAGAAAGAUGAGUGAAGAACAAUUGAUGAAGUAUAUGAGGGAGGUCCAGCUGACGAUCUUCAACGGAACAUCGAUGCUAGAGAAGGUGGUCCAGCAGUCGACGUUGACAUGAUGAUUAGUGCGACGUCUCUAUCGAAAUAAUUCCAAGUUAGGAUCCCGUUUGAAGGAAGGAAAGGUUUUAGCUGAAAGUUGGAAUUUUAUAUUAUUAUAUUUUUUUAUUUCAUUCUUUUUUCCCCUAAAUCCUACAUAACGUAGUUGUGAUGUAUAAUUGCUGCGAGUUUUGGUUUGGACUGGCAGCCAAAGGCAACAAUCAUCUUCUGGGAAGGUUGUUCUGUUUGUACAAACUAGAAAUUAGAUAAUUAACUAAUUGGGAAGGAAGGGGGUACCAGUGAAGAAAGGGAAAAAAAAAAAAAAAAAAAAAAAAAGAAUUUGCAUGCUGACAUUUUAUUAUGCAUGCUGGAGACUCUCUCUCUCUCUCUGUCCCUGUUUUUGUUUUGUAUUGUUUUUGUAUUUUAUGGUUAACUAAAAUCAUAUUUCGUGUAGUUCGGCUUCCGAAGUGUAAAAAAAAUACUAACACAAAGAAAGGGGGAAAUACAAGAUUGGCUUGCUGUUGCAGAGACAUAGGCCCACCUACUUGGAAGUGGAUGUUGUAUUAGCAUUUGCCUGUUGCUCUAUCAAGUUCUUCCAGCCGUCUCGUCUCUGUUUCUGUAUGCAUAUAAUCUCUCCCUCUCUCAAACCCUUUUUAGGACUUUUACAAGUUUUGAUCAACCCUGUCUGUAUAACACCCUCAGAAAUUUUGAUCAAAUUCUCCUUUUUUUCUUCCUGAAUAAUUGUGGGUUUUCUUUGUAGAAUACCCUUUGGUCUCUCUCGAGUUUUAGUUUGAUGUUUAUGGCUUCUAAAUGGUCUUUGGUCGGUUAGUUAGAAAAUAAUGUGGAGGCUUGAUGAGUUGGUAAAGAUAUUAAUUUUGUUUUUGAGGUCA